AUGGACGAUUUUAACGAUGUUUCCAAAGAUCGUACCGGACUAUUAAACGCGUCGUCUCUUCGAAGCGGUUUAGCUUUCAAUUUAAGUACUUACAGAAGCUUAUCUCCAAUAGGAUCGGAUUCGAGUUGUAAGAGCUCAAGGGCGAAAGAUACUGUCCAUUAUUUAUCCCCCGCUACUACUCCCGCCGUUACUGAAUUAGAAGGGGAUCUAUAUUAUCAACAUUUCGUCGAUUUUCAACCGCCGCUUGGUCCGCCACAACCCGAUUACGCCAGUUCCUCGGAAUCUACUAUAUCAUGCAAAGAACCCGAAUUACAAAGAACUUUAGCUAUCAUUAAACCGGAAGCUAUACAAUUUCGAGAUGUAGUCGUUAGGGCCAUCUAUGAAUCAGGAAUCAAAAUAUUAAAUGAACGUGUUAUUCAUUUAACCCCCGAGCAAGUAUCUGAAAUAUACGCCAAACAAUAUGGCAGUCCGUCUUUUCCGCACGUGGUUAUAUCGAUGAGCAUUUCCCCGUUAUUAGUUAUGUCUUUGGCUGGUAAACGAGUCAUAGACAAAUGGAAAACAAUGGUCGGACCGUACGGUUUGAUUCGAGAAGAAUGGUUUUUCCCUUAUAGCGUACGUACCAGAUUUGGAAUAACAUCCGAUAUACCGGAUGUUAUUCAUGCUUCGGAAAAUUUAUCCGAAGCCAAAUGGGAAAACAGAUAUUUUUUUCCUAGAAGUAUCUUGGAGCCGAUAGUAAUCGACGAAGAAAAAGUAUCUGAUUAUAUAAACAAUUGUAUAACUCCCAUUUUAAUGGAAGGUUUGAUACAAGUGGUUAAAAACAAACCAAUAGAUCCGGUUCUAUUUUUGGCCGAAUGGUUAUUGUUGAAUAAUCCGUAUCAACCUAAAUUUCCUGAACGUGUUGCAGUUAGUCCACUAUAA